CUCGUUUCCGGUAAUAUUCUUAUCAUCUGUCCCUGAUCUAUCUUGACUUACAGAUGUCUAACAACAUUAUAGACACAGACAGUGAGGAUGAAUUACCACCAGGAUGGGAAGAAAGAGUAACAUUUGAAGGAAGAGUAUUUUAUGCCAGUCAUGAUCAACAAAACACUCAAUGGAAACAUCCUGUAACAGGGAAAGAAAAAUAUGUCAGAGGAGAACUGCCUUAUGGAUGGGAAAGAGUUAUACAGGAUGAUGGAACAGUUGUGUAUGUUGAUCAUAUCAAUAAGAAGACCUGCUUUACAGACCCUAGACUAGCUUUUGCAGAACCAUUGAAAACUUCACCUAAGGAUUUUAGACAGAAAUUUGAUGGAAAUAGUUCAGCAUUGCAGAUUUUGAAUGGAAGAGAUUUAACGGGCAAAUAUGCCAUUAUAACGGGUGCAAGUGACGGGAUUGGUUAUGAAACAGCAAGAUCAUUAGCAUUUCAUGGUGCUACAAUUAUAAUGGCAUGUAGAAAUACUGAAAAAGCAGAGAAGUGUAAGAUUUCAAUUUUGAAAGACAGACCUAAAGCUACUAUAGAAAUACUACACUUAGAUCUUGCAUCAUUGAGAAGUGUCAAACAGUUUGCUGAAGAGUAUAAAAGAAGAGCAUGGCCCCUGAACAUGUUAAUCCUGAAUGCUGGAGUGUUUGGCUUACCCUACAUAGUGACAGAGAAUGACCUUGAAAUCACAUUCCAAGUCAAUCACCUGUCUCAUUUCUACCUGACCAAAUUGUUGUAUGAUUUGCUAGUAUCAUCAGCUCCUAGUCGUGUGGUAGUAGUGUCAUCAGAGUCACAUAGAUUUCCAAAAAUCCACAUGGUUGAGGAUGUAUGCGAAGAUUCAUUAUCAUUACCAAAAGACAAAUAUAGUGAUAUGAAUGCUUAUAAUGUAUCAAAACUGUGCAAUAAUCUAUUCUCUCUACAUCUAAAUAAACUUCUAGCUGGUAAAAAAGUAACCAGUAAUAGCUUACAUCCAGGAAGUUGUAUAAGUACAAAUAUACAGAGAAACUGGUGGUUAUAUCAAGUUGUAUUCUUCAUUGUGAGACCAUUUACAAAAUCAAAGCAACAAGGAGCAGCUACUACAGUCUACUGUGCAACACAUCCAGACGUAGAGGAGAUCGGUGGAAUGUACUUUAACAAUUGUUGUCCCUGCCAACCAUCAAAAGAAUCCAUGGAUGAACAAUUAGCUGAGAAGUUGUGGACAGUUAGUGAGACCAUACUUCAAGAUAGACUUGCUAGAUUGACAAGUAUAUAGUGGAAGACAGGAAUAUUUAACACAUGUUUUAAAAACAAAAAUUGAAAACCAAUUGUUACCUUUAUGUAAAUCUGAAGUGGAAGAUGAAAUACACUUCGGUAUAAAAUAUACUAAACUCAAAUAAUAUGUUCUUUAGGAAAUCUUCAGAUAUAUAACACUAAUUUUCCAAUCUUUCAAAAAUUUGCUGUUAUGGAACUUUUUUGUUUUUCAAUUUCUGUUUUAUCAGCUCUUCAAAGUUUGUAUUAGGUUGUAAUUUUCAAAUAUGUCUGUCUAGAGCAAUUCUGAAGAGACAUUUAUUGUUCAAAUGUGCAUCUGGUGUUGUUAAAUUGGUAUGGUUAAUGUUAUUUCAGACUUUAAAAAAUUCCAUCCAAGGAGAAGGUCAGGUAAGGGCUAAUAUUGGCCUAAAAUUUAAAGUAAUCUGAUGAAAGAUUUUGGACAUAUUUUAAACACUUAAGUGUCUACUUCAGUCAAUUCAAUUUGUUCAUGUAAAAGAUUAGGUCAUUAAAGGCACUCAAAUUCAAACUUAAAUGUAAAAAAUCUAUCAAAUAUGGCAUAAAAUUUCACUUUUCAGUGGUUUUUGUCUGAAAUGUAAGUGGCCACUUUCGUGUUCAGUCUCAAACUUUAUAUAUGUUAUGUACAAUCAUCAAAUACAACAUAUAUUUAAAUAUUAAGACUUAACAAAAGUACAACCAUUUCCAUUUUCGACAAAAUCCAGCUAAAAAUUAGCACAAAUGCUAAAAUUGUGAAGAUUUCAGUAAUUUUGCAUGAAUUAAUGAUGCUAGUACCUGAUGCAUGUGUAUUGCAUUGUCAAAAAACAGCUCAUAUUUAUGUAACAAAAGUAUUCUACUUUCCAAUAAAUAGCUAAAAGUUUACAUAUUUAACAAAUUUGUGAAAAUACUUUAUUUUGGGGCAAAAAGGGGGUCUUACCGGGAAAACUCCUUUUUGAAUAAAAACUCCAAAAUAAUUAUGAUGGUAAAAAAUGCUGCAUUAAGGCAUACAAUACAGAAGCAGGGGCCAAUUAUAAUUCGACAGAUGUCAAAUCUACAGUGAGACAUAAAGCUAGAGUUGAAUAAGCACCUAGUUACUUUUCAGUCACCAAAAAUAUCGGAUAAUUGUCAGAUAUUUGUAUAGAGCUGUGGGAAUGCUUACAUGACGAUGUUGCUUACUUUGUGUCAAAAACAACAAUGCUAUUUAUACCAUUAAAAAUGAGGUUUUCUGCUUUUAGCCAAAAAAGAUGCACAUAGACCCUUUUGCAAUUGAUUGUGUACUGUUUCAAGAAUGUUAUGUCAUAAUUACAAGAAAAAAAAUCAUUGGUAGAUUGUAUAUCUGCAUGCCUUUGAAUUGGCAAGAAAACUGUCUGUGGCUUUCAAUUGCCGAUAAUUGUAUGAUUUCACGACAAUUUUAUUUUUGUUUACCUUCAACUUGAUAACUACCUCAUUAGCUUAUAAGCUAGGGAGAACUUGACCAAAAGAAAUAGGUGGAACUAUCUCUAUUGGUUUGAAAGUUUUAAGUACUUUCAGCUAAGUGUUGAUAUAUAAAAUUUUCGCUUUUACUUCAAAUUGGCCUAAAAUAAACCCAAAUAUCUCAAAAAGUAAUUCAUACAGGUACAUUUGUCUAUGCAUAUUUCCAUAGUGCAUAUCACUCUGUGUCAAAAUUUAAAAGAAAAUCAACAUAUCUCUACUAGUGUAUGCCAUUAAGGCAUUAAAGAAAUGUACAAAUUUAGAUGUGCACCUUGUUUAUAUUAUUAUUUAAAAAUAAAUAUAUUAUAUGGUAUAUAUGAAUGUCUUUAAUCUUGUACUUCUUCAGUCAAAUUGAAAGAAAAACUGCAAUUUUUAUGUAUAUUUUGUGUUGAUUUUAUAUAAUAUACCUUUAUUAUAAUGAUUAAUACUUGUUUGUUUUUGUGUUUAUACUAUGAUGAUGAUCCAGAUUUUGGAUUUUAAAUCAAUAAAAUCAUUGACUUUACUAACAGUCCAAGUCAAGAGCAUAGGAUGAACAAUAGUUGUUUGAACAAAUUGAUGUGUCUUAAUGAAUAUGUUAAUCCGGAUGAACAGUUCAAUAACUUAUGAUUAUCUGUGAUAUUUGUUUGUAUUAUUUUGCAACAUCUUUUUCCCCCAGGUCAUUACUCUAAGGAGAGAUAACACUUUUGGUCAAAAAAUCAUUGACAUAUUUUAGCAUAUUUUAGCUAUUUAAUGUAUUGUGAAGAAUCUUUUACAUGUAUGUUUAUUUUCAUUAAAUUUAAAAUUUG